AUGUCAUCAACGGAGUAUAAAACGUCCCAGGGGCACACGCCUGGGAAGGCAGAGUCAGAAUUCUUCGAGAAGUCGGAGGCAAACAUCCAAAGUGUCGAUGCGACCAGUCUGCUCUCCGAUCAGCACCGUGAUUAUUUGCUUCAACGACAUGGCACCUUAGAUCUGGAUCCAAUCCCUAGUAUGGAUCCGGCAGAUCCAUACAACUGGCCGUUAUGGAAGAAAGUUGCGAAUCUAGGUUUGGUGGCCUUCCAUGCCUGCAUGGGAACCUUCACGGCUGCCGCAAUCAUUCCUGCCUAUGAAGCAAUUUCCGAGGACCUUGGUGUCUCUCUACAGAGAGUCAGCUAUUUGACAUCGCUUCAGAUCGCCAUUCUGGGAGGUGCCCCGUUAUUCUGGAAGCCCCUUUCGCAGCGCUUCGGACGCCGCCCAAUUUUCCUCUUGUCCCUCAUCCUCAGUUGUGUUUGUAACAUCGGCUGCGCAAAGAGCCCAGAUUACGCUUCGAUGGCAGCAUGCCGCGCUCUGGUAUCAUUCUUCCUCUGCCCAGCGAUGGCUAUCGGAAGCGCUGUUGUCACCGAGACCUUCUUCCGACGGGAGCGAGCGCGAUAUAUGGGAAUCUGGACGGUGAUGGUGACCUUGGGCGUACCUGUUGGCCCAUUUAUUUUCGGAUUUGUUGCCCAACGCGUGGGAUAUCGAUGGAUUUACUGGGUUUUGGCAAUCACAAACGCCUGCCAGUUCUUCCUAUACAUUUUCUUCGGCCCAGAAACCCGGUACAUUGGCGCCGAAGUACAAUCUGAUGGCUCAUCUUUCAAACGAGAGUAUCUCUCCUUCGGACGAAUCGAUCCCACACCAUUCCGCCUGUCCGAAUUCUUCCACCCCCUCAGCCUAUUCACCAACAUCCCCGUGCUCCUCGCAUCAGUAGCCUACGCCAUGGUCUUCCUCUUCGCCUCCGUCCUGAAUUCCGUGGAAGUACCACAACUCUUACAGAGUAAAUUCGAACUCAACGCAGAACAGCUAGGUCUCCAAUUCCUCGGUCUGAUCAUCGGCUCCCUCCUCGGCGAACAACUCGGCGGCUUCAUGUCAGACAUGUGGAUGAACGCCCGCGCCCGUCGCAUCGGACACAAGCCUGCCCCCGAAUAUCGUCUCUGGCUGAGCUACAUUGGUUACCUGCUCACGAUCGCCGGAAGCGUGGUGUUCCUGGUCUGUACAGAACAGGCCACCGAGGGUAAAUGGACCGUGGUUCCAGUGGUGGGGACGGGUAUCGCGGCAUUUGGUAACCAGGUUAUCACGACUGUGCUCACGACGUACGCGGUGGAUACGUAUCCUCAGGAUGCGGGGAGUGUGGGAGUAUUCAUUAAUUUCGUACGAUCGACUUGGGGAUUUAUUGGACCUUUCUGGUUUCCGGAUAUGUUUGAGACUGUCGGUAUUGCUAAGAGCUCGGGGGUAGUUACGGCUUUGGUUAUGGGCGUGAGCUUUCUUCCGACUGUGUUUUUGCAGUGGCAGGGUCAAAGGUGGCAUGCUAGUGUGGUUGAGAAGUGA